AUGCCCAUGGUCAGAACGCAUCUAAUCGUCAACUGCGUCCUUGUUUUCUUCACUCUCUCUGCAGUCUUUCUUCGCCUCUACUCGCGAUUCAAGACAUCAGCAAAUUUAUGGGUGGACGACUAUCUCAUCCUGCUGGCCAUGCCUCUGGGCAUCACCAUGCUUGCAAUACAAGGACUAUAUGCCCCAUUGGGAGUUGGGCACCCCGUCGAGGAAGCGCUCCCGAACCUCCCCACCAUUCUACGGCUCACGAUAUCGUACGCCCUCAUCUAUACCUUUUGCAUCAGCUUGAUUAAAAUGAGCGUUCUUUUCUUCUAUCUUCGAGUUUUCGUCAACCCUGGUCUGCGACUUGCCACGAAGAUUAGCAUCGCCAAUGUCCUAGUGCUGUUCUUCCUCUGCCGCCCGUUCAAAAAGAACUACAUUCUCGACGCCCCUGGGGAGUGUGGAGACCAGCCUACUGCUUUCAUUAGCACUGGCGUGUACAAUAUAAUUACCGAUAUCGCAAUUCUUCUACUUCCUAUUCCGACUAUUUGGGCACUCAAGACGAAGAGAAAUAUCAAACUCGGGUUGACAGGCGUUUUCGCCGGUGGUUUAGUGUAUGCUUCACUUUUAGCCUCGCAUACCAAUGUCCCUGCUGAUGAUUUGUGCAGUGUCUCCUGUGUCGCUGUUGUGCGGAUCAUUGCACUCAAACAUCUCGACCUGACCAGAGUGACGGAUACCAUGGUCUGGGUGGACUUCCUCUCCACCGCCGAGGUCAACCUCGGUAUCCUCUGCGUAUGUCUCCCGAUGCUCGGCCCCGUCUUUCUCAAUCGAAAAGAUGGGAUCAAGCCUGGCUUUUGCCCCAAACAGCUCCGCUGCACUGCAGGAACAGAGUCGAAAUCGAAACGAUCCAGUGGGAGGAAAAGGACGCCUGAUUCGAUUGCUCUCGAAUCUAUAUUUGCACUCGACAGUGAAAGAAGUCUUGGGACGAAGCUUUGCAUGACCAAGUGCCACUCGAGCAGCACUGGAAGCGAGGCCCCCCUCAACCCAAAAUCGAAGCCGGGGGCAACAAAGAUCUUGGAUAACCCAUUCAUCAUUGAAGAGCGAGGUGAGAUGUAUUAA